UCCGGUUUCGCAGUAAAUCGCAGUGUUUAUGUUGUCUAAAGGCCGUGGUUCUGGCUGGCAAAUGAGGUUACUGUUUUACUCAAAUGCGUUCACUGGAAUUUCUUUAGACGAUUGCACUAUUAAUGAUUUGUUUAACACUGAAAUGCGUUUUCUAGAAGAUAUACGGCACAAAGACAGACACAGUGAUUUCUUUUUUUUACAUAGCUACGUCAUUGACGAGCCAUCGUCAGUCAGAUACAUCUCAUGUCUAUAAAGUGGAGUAUUCUUCUGAAGCCGCCUGGACACCCCAAAGAUGAGUCGUGACUCCUCCAUUCAUAGUUGGCCUGGGUCCUACUACAUUAAUAGUGAGAAAAGAUGGGUCAGUGGCACACUGUCACUGAGCAGAACCACCCUCCGCUUCACUACAGAGCAGAGCAAAGACAGCCUGGCCAGCGUUCGCCUCUCCCGCAUCAUGGAGAUCAAGAUGGAGUCCUCCAGCUUCAUCUUCAGUACUCUCACUGUGCUAGAGGAAGGCAACAUUAAACACUGGUUUGGGUCACUGCGCCCCAACCGGGUGGUGGUCUACAAUGUGCUGGAGCACUUCUGGAGGGAACGCCUGCUGUCUCCCUCAGAGAGCCGCGGAGCAGAGGCCCCACUCAGCAAAGGCAGGGAGCUCAUCAACUUGGUUUCUGGGGCCCAGCGCAGACUGGAGGAUGCAGGGAAAGUGCUCAACCACCAAGGAGAGCAGUUUGAUAAUGUGAUGCAAGACCUGGGCAAGAUUGACUCAAAUUUGGGUGUUGCAGACAAGCUACUGUCCGAGUUGGAGUCCCCCCCCUGGUGGCCCUUUGGAAAGCUACCAUGGAAGAGCCAGCAGGAAGCCAAGAGCAUGCAAGCAGCGUUGGCCGCUUCCUCCAAAGGAUCCGGGAAGGGCCCGAGGGUGAUCGUGAGCAUUCCUGCUCUCAUUUCUAAAGGCGCAGAAUCAGACUGGAAACCUGGCUGUCUGGUGGUGCUGGUAUCCUCAUUGGAGAUCAGGGAUGAAAAUUCACAUCUGCUGCACCACUUUGAAAGGGAUGAGGUGGAUGACAUAAGGAUCCACAGCCCGUACGAAAUUAGCGUACGGCAGCGGUUCAUUGGUAAACCUGAUAUCUGCUACCGCCUCCUCUCGGUGAAGAUGACUGAGGCCCUGUCUGUGCUGGAGAUGCAGUACAAGAAGAAAGUGGAGUUCACCAGUGACUUUGCAGCCUUUCGGGCUAGCCCUGCCACAACUCCUGGAGCCACGCAGGAGGAGGGAUCAGUGUGGACUGCCGGUGGAGCUGCAGGGCAGGUCCAGCUCGGCCAAGAGACAGAGGUUCCUGUGGAGAUCCCGGCUGGUGAACUUACUCAGGUCCAAGUGCAGGUCCUUCAGCCCACCGUCACAGACGCCGAGGCCCAGGAACUGAAGCAGAUGCUGCUGCAGCUGAAGAGUCUGGCUCUCGAGGCAGAAACCGAGCUGGAGAGGCAGGACGAGGCUCUGGACACCUUGGUGUCCACCACCGAUCGCACCACCAUGGUCAUCGACAAACACACUCGCCGCAUGAGAAAGCUACUGUGACUCCUUCCCCUGCUAUCCCAUGAGAUGUACUGUAAAUGAACAGGUGACCAUGCACAAAAACACUGGGAAAGUCUAUAAUUGACUGUAGGUUUCAUGAGUUAUCAUUACAAAAAGAAACGUUCCGUUCUUAAAGGGAUAUUCCGCCAUUUUUGGAAAUAAGCUCAUUUUCCACUUUCCCUCAAGCAAAACAAUCGAUAUUUACCUUGUUCUCGUUCAUCCAGCCAUUCAGUGAGUCUGGCGAUACAACUUUUAGCUUCAGCCUAUUCAGCAGUUCAUAAUACACCUUUGUAAGUGUACGUACAGUAUAAAAGACCCCAUCCAGUGCCCCAACAUACUGCAUGUCUAAGAUGAGUCCCUUGUAGUAAGUCCAAACACUCCCAAAGGGGAGCAAAGACAAGACAAGUUACAUAUUCCUAUGGAUUCUGGUUGUUUUUGAUGAUCCAUAUCAACCCUAACUAUGAAUGCCCAUCUGUAAUGUCCCUCUCUCCAGCCCCAUUCAACUGUUAAUAGUAAUAUAUAUAUAUAUAUAUAUAUACUGUAUAUUUGUUAAGUGGCUGGGAAAGUCCUGUGAUGUAAUUUUGUCCGUCGCGUGUUGUAAUGGUUGUCAUUGUGAACAAGUGCAAUAAACUCUAAUGUGCAGAUGAAA